CCUGGGGCUGCGCGCGCAGGACACACAGCUGCAGCGCUUCUGCAGGCUCCCAGGGCACUGCAGAGAGAGGAAGGAGCAAUCGCUGGCUGAGCAGAGGGAAAGCACAAUCCCUUCAAGAUGCCGAUGUCAAAGAAGAUCAGGAGAAAAGACUCCGAAACUCCCCAGGAACCUUCGGAGAAGGAAAAAGAGCAGCUGGCUGAGGUGGAGCUUCGGAAGCUGAGGCAGCAGUUCCGGAAGAUGGUGGAAAGUCGCAAGUCCUUUAACUUCAGCUCCCAGCAGAAGAUCUUGAAUCAGCACAAGGAAAUCAAGACCCUGCAAGAAGAGCAGGACGAGAUCACCCUGCGCUUGAAUCUUAUCAAGUCCUCCAAGAACUUGAACCUGAAUGAGAAAAACUACUUGGAGCUGCGUUUCCUGCUGCAAACCAAAGAGGACUACGACUCCUUGAUUAAAUCGAUGAAAAUGCUCUUGGCUGAACUGGAUGAGAAGAUUACUCAGAUGGAGAAAAAAAUUGUAAACCAAAAACAGAUCUUCACAAAAAUACAGGAGGCCAAUAACCCCCGGAAACUUCAAAAACAGAUCCACACGUUAGAGACACGUUUGAAUCUUGUCACCACGAACUUUAACAAGAUGCUGACCACCAAUGCUAAGCUCCGGAAGGAGAUUGAGGACCUACGGUAUGAGAAGGCAGCGUAUGACCACGUCUACCAGCAGCUCCAUCGGCGCCUGUCAAUGCAGAAGAAAACCAUGAAUGAGGCCAUUGAGCAGUCCGCUCAGGCCUAUGAGCAGAGACUGGAAGCCACGGCUCGAAUGGCUGCCAUGAAGGAUCGCCAGCAGAAGGACAUCUCUCAGUACAACCUAGAGAUCCGAGAGCUGGAGCGUGUCUAUGCCCAUGAGACCAAGCUCAAAUCCUUUCUGCUCAUCAAGCUGAAUGAUCGAAUGGAGUUUGAAGAGCAGGCCAAAAAGGAAGAAGCUCUCAAGCCAAAGAAGGCCAGGAGGAAGAGCAAGGGUGAGAGUUUUGAGAGCUAUGAGGUGGCCCACCUCCGGCUGCUGAAGCUGACUGAGAAUGGGAACGUGAAUCAGCUCAUUGAGGAAUUUCUGGCCAAGGAGGAAAAGAACUUUGCCCGGUUCACGUAUGUCACAGAGCUCAACAAUGACAUGGAGACGAUGCAGAAGAAGACUGAGAAAAUCCAGAAUGAGAUCAUCUACUUGCAAUCCCAGCAGAAAACGUCUGAUGAUUAUGACCUCUCUGUCACGAGACAGCUGGAGGAGAAACUGAGGAAGACCAGAGAGGAGGCGGACAUGUAUGAGGACAGCUACAAGGAGAUCCAAAAGACCUUGGAGAAACUCAAGAGCUCAGUGGAGAAUCUUUUUAAGAAAAUAAAUUGUGAUUCCACCAAGAUCCUGGUGCAGUUAGGGGAGACAGGGAAAGUCACCGAUAUCAACCUUCCACAGUACUUUGCCAUUAUUGAAAAGAAGACCAACGACCUGCUGCUGUUAGAGUCCUACAGGCGGUUCCAGGAAAUGGAAGAGGCAGAGACCGAGACCCCGCCGUCCUUCAGCAACCCUUUCUGGGGCAGCUCUGCCCUCUUCAAGAGUGCAGACCCCACCAAGGUCAACCCCCCGGUGCUCAGGACUGACCCCUUCAGCGACAGGUUGGAUGAAGUGGAACACCCCCUGGACCACAGCAGCCUUCGGCGGAUGGUGCUCGGCAACUACACCGCGAGGGAGUCUCGAAAUAAGGAUUUACCGCCGGACAGCAUCCCUGAAAAGGGGGACGACCUGAGGUCCAAGAGGAAGGCCCAAGUCAGCAUCUGACAUGGGUGGGGCCACAUUUGUACCAUAACCUGAGAGAAUAAAUGUUUUGUUCUGUAA